ACUAAAACUCCAAGCUCUCGUCCAUUUUGCCCAAGUAGAGGACUGCACAAUGGCGGAACAAACAGACUACACGUACGAUCAACAGGCUAAUGGUGAAGGAGGAUUUGAACAGUUCGAGCAACAACAGCAAAAUGCAGAACCUAUGGAGGGACAAGAAACAGACUACAAUGCAAGCGCUGGAGGUGGCGGAGAAGGCAUGAAAGUUGAUGACGAUGAUGAACGUAAAAUAUUUGUUGGAAAUCUCAGCUGGGAAACUUCUCAAAAGGACUUAAAAGAUUACUUUUGCAAAUUUGGAGAAGUCGAAAACUGUGUCCUAAAGCAGGACUUGGAAACCCGCCGAUCCAGGGGCUUUGGAUUUGUUGUGUUCAAAGAUGUUGGCACAGUUGAUAAAGUAUUAGAAGAAAAAACACAUUCCUUAGGUGGAAGGAAUAUAGAUCCCAAAAGAGCAAAUCCACGGAAGAAGGAGGAAGCCAUUAAAAAGAUCUUUGUAGGAAAGGUUGAUCCUAGCUUAACAGAGGCUGAAAUUAAAGAAUACUUUGAAACCUUUGGAGAGGUGAAGAAGAUUGAUUUGCCAUAUGACAAGGCAAAGGAGCAGAGGAGAGCUUUCUGCUUUGUUGAGUUCAAAGAAGAAGAUGCUGUGAAGAAAAUCACAGACCAAAGUCUGCACAAAAUUAAAGACCAGGAGGUUGAUGUGAAGAAAGCUUUACCCAACUCGCAGAACAAAAGAGGUCGCGGGGGCUGGGGAUACGGCUAUGGUGGAGGAAGAGGAGGAUGGCAAGGGUAUAACCAAGGAGGAUAUGGUUAUGGAGGUUAUGGCCAGGGAGGCUAUGGGUAUGGGGGAUAUGGAUACGGAGGAUAUGAUUAUUAUGGGGGUGGACCCAACUAUGGCAACUGGGGUGGAUACGACCAGAACUAUUACAACUACGGAAAUUACGGGGGUGACGGUCAACAGCAGAGUAACUAUGGUAAAACUCAGAAGGGCGGCCGAGGUGGUGGUGGUGGAUACCAUCCAUACAACCGAUAAACAUCACAGGUGAUAAAAACGGGAGACCAACAAAAUUUGAUAGCUUUCUCGUGUCAUUGCAUGAUUCUUUCCUUAAUCCUUUCAAUUGUUGACAGGUACCCAUUCUAAUCUUCCUCUGAAUUUCAGGGAGUUUGGAUCCUUUGUAGGCUUAUAUUUCACUUUUCUUGCAGGGUCUGGAUGAUAGGAAUAGUUCUUCCUCAAUUUUCGAUUGCAAAACUUUCACUUUGUAGAUAAAUUGAUGGGGGAAAAAAAUUUAUAUUGUAAAUUUAUAAGUAAAGACUACAACUUAUUCUAGUAAACAACUAAUAUCUGAAAUAAAAGUAACUGCUCUGAUAAAAUUUUAUGAAAUUUAAAAGAAAAUAAUGUUAAAAUUUUAUACACCAACAAGUUGUACUUUUAAACGGAAGUCUGAUUAUACAGAGGACUAGUGGUGAUAGCUUUAUUAUUUUGUGAUCUUGUAGAUCAAACUCAUUGAAGACCGGAAGUCUGUGUUGUUUUGUGAUCUUGAGGACAGGCAGUUCAGUCGAGGGGAGAAAGCAGUCCUUUCAUAACUCAUUUGACACUCAUCAUUAUCAUUAUCAUUUCACAUGCCUAGUUGAAUUUUAUGUGCAGUCAUCAACUUGUAAUAAAACUGAUUUUUUACAAAA